AUGGAGACGAUUAGUAGAUUACCCCGACGUUUGACCCAACUCUACUCCGACACCAAAACCACCUGCGAUGCAGUUGUGGAGCAAGAUGCAAAAGACACACCAGAGUCGCAUGCGCUGCAUCGCAAGUUCAGAAUACAAAAAGACAGACUCAUAACAUGGGGCGUCGAUUGGAGCGACAGCUCAAAGGGCCGUCCGGGCGACAUCGACGAGAGUAUAGAAGAGGCAGGCAUGACGGAAACGGUCACAAGCGUGCUGCGAACGAUCCAGGAGAUACUCGAUGAAGCAGAGAAGAUGCACCCGGCUGCACCUGCUGCUGGCAGAGGAAAGACAUUGUCUGGAGAAAAGAGCCGGCCUGACCCUCCCUCGUGGGCGGCCGCCGACAAGUCACGUUAUGAGGACCUCAUCAAGGAUCUUACAACCUCCAUCGAUAUUCUCUACGAUCUCUCACGAAACCGAAGACGCCAAAGAGGUACUGAGCGUGGUCUAAGCCCAGGAAAGGCUACACUCUAUCCUCCUACAUCCACCCCAGUGUUUCUAUCUACAGAGUACAACGCUUCCGACCUGACGCUCGUCAACCCCGCCACUUUCCCACUCAACGCACAUGCACCGCCGUCUCAUCUUCCUCCAAAGCUAGAUCCUUCCGAUCUGUCUCUCCAUCCUGAGGAACCUCCGCCUUACGAGAGCGUUGGUACCACUUCAGUGCGAGUUAUCGGUCAUUUACGGUCCCGAAACAGCUCAACGAACCCCUGGAAACCCAACGCUGGAAACCUAGGGACUGCUGUUCUGGUAGAUUAUGCAAGCUAUGACCCCACAUAUCGCCUCACUGAAGUCUCUCCACCAACAGAGCGCCUUGAAGAGCUUUUGUCGAUACUGACAAAGUUAGCCAACAACCACUCUUUCCACGGCACACUCAAGUGUCUUGGCUACUUUGAGGACCCCAUACAACCACGCUUUGGUCUGGUAUUCGAAUUACCAACCUCUGUCUACUCCGGACCUGCUGAUUCACACAAAUCAAUAGACGAGUUGAAGCCAGUCUCUCUUCUCAGUGUACUUCAGACAGGUUCAAGGGAUUUGCACAACCCCAACAGUGCCAUACCACCACUGGAGGAUCGUUUCCGUCUGGCUUUCACACUUGCUCUGACCUUUAGCAAGAUUCAUGGCGACGGCUUUGUCCACCAAGACGUCAACAGCGAUAACAUAAUGUUGUUCCGGAAGAGCAAGCAGCAAUCUGCCAAUAGUAGAGCAUUGCAGUACUCUUUGCGAUCGCCUGUUAUAUGCUCUUUCGACCUCUUCACCGACUUUGACAUCGAGAAAGCUAAUGCAACCUCGAUACCCAACAUUUACCGUCAUCCAGCGGACCCCAAGGUCACUGGGAUCAAGGGCCGAAGCUACGAUGCCAACUUCGACCUGUAUGGUCUCGGGCUAAUUCUACUCGAAAAUGGCUUGUGGAUGCCACUUCGAGACCUGUGGAAGCAGAAAUACAGGCUGGCUGAUUUCAAGCAGCGGAUAGAAGAAGUUUAUAUCCGCAGGCUCGCCUCCAAGUGUGGCACAGCAUACAUGCAAGUGGUACGCGAUUGCUUUUGGGCAGCCGAUUCCAAGGACAACAGCAGAGCACAUGUUGCGCAGGUGUACACACGCAUUCUGACCAGGUUGCAACGCUGCUGUAUGCUCGAUGAAUCUGAGCCUGGCUUCGACUUGAGUGAGCUACGACCCGGUGUUACGCCGAUUCAACAAGCACUUCCACCAAAGCGUAAGAGCCUCAGUCAGCCCCAGAUUGCAACAGAAAUUCAUUCAAGCCCUUCAUACAAGAAUGCAAAGCGAUGGGCACUUGAGAAGGGAUCACAGGCACUGGAAAGAACAAAGUCUCUGUCAAAGAAGUCACCAGAUCUGUCAUUGACAAGGAACCCGUCACGAGGCUCACAACAUUCUAUUUGUAAAAGUAUUUCUGAAAGUCUGCGCAUAAUGAGUCCCAAGCCGGACGCGCCUGAGAUGGAAUGGGAACAAAGAAAUCCACUCGAGGAAUCAGGCACCCUCAUUGCAACCCCGCCAAAUUCACAAGACCGCAGUGAUACGUCAUCGCUAUAUAGAGAGCGUGUCGUAACUGCCGCAUCAAUUAUCCAACGCGCAUGGCGACAGUCACGCAAUACACCAAAACAACAUGCGACCCUUGAAGACUACAAGGAAAAGGCCUGUAUCAUCCAAAAAGCUUGGCGACAAACGAAGCAGAAGCCAACAAACAACACUGUAUCGGCGCUAGUCACUAAUGGGAUGCGCCAUUGGCCGGAGGCUACUCUUGGAUACCCAACACCCGAACCUGAAAUUCAGAGCAGAACAGUGGACUCGAGUGAGAGCAUGAUCACUUCCUCAACUCAGAUUGAAACAGACAUGGGGCCCAUUGCGCGUCCAAAGCUCCGUCUCUUCACUGUCAAAUUCACACCAGAUAUAGUGGAUGAAUGGCAUUCGACCAUGCUACCCCGCCUCGAGCGUCUUAUUGAGCGUGCACUGAAGGAUUCCGAAGAAACAAUCAGCAUCGACCUUGUAGCUACCGGAGAGGUAUUGGAGAAAGCCAAGCCAACAGUCUUCGUCACAUGUAGCAGUGUCGCAAAGGUCAAAGCUAUCCUUGGCCGCCGCUUCCACUACAACGAAAACGUCUAUGACCUCAAAGUUCGACGAGGAAAGAUCAGGCGGUCAAAAAUGAGUCGCUCUUCGCGUCGCACUCGGCCUCCCCAUCGAUCCAUGAUGAAUACCGACUCUUAUAACGCCGAUAUGGCUGUCAUGAACCCGUACCAUCAGCAGCGGCCGCUUUGUGGGGCGUCGAUAGGCGCUUUCAAUGGUCAGCACCUUCCGCCUGUGUCGUACGGUGGAGUGAUCCUCGUCGACGAUGAGCCAUUGGGUAUGAGUGUCCAUCACCUGCUCGAUGCGCCAUCCGACGAUGAGAGCGACGCCGGAGAUGAUGACAUUGACGAUCUUUACCCAAGCGACACGAUGCUGUCCAGUGCAGCAAACAACCCAUGGCUAAUGGGUAUGGGUGCACAACCAGGUCUUCACUUGGAGUCUGAUGAGCCUGCCAUGAUGUGGGAUCUCGAACUAUCUGAAGACGAGGAAGACUUUGGCAGUGACUGCGAAGACGCCGAAGAUUACUACGAUAGCGAAGAAUCCGACGACGACUCUUCUCAGGAAAUGGCCUCUUCAACCAUCUCCCACGCCACCACCGGCGACAUCGACGGCAUCCUCCCCGGCCACGGCUCCUCAAUCAAAAUAACCCAACCCGCCAUCGACGACGUAGACCCAGACUUUUUCCCCGAAGAAGAAGACCGCGACGACGACCACCUCUCUUCUCACACCCUCGGCCACGUGUACGCCUCGUCGGGCAUCCGCCGCUGGAACCGUGGCGGCAUCCUCCACGAAAUCGACUGGGCCCUCUUAAAACUAGACAAAGACCGCCUCCAACCUUACAACAUCUGCCAAGGCGGGCGCCGCUUCUGUCCCCCAUCAACAGGCCCCAUGCCCCCCUCCCAGCGCGCAAUCGCCGCUAAACUAGCUUCCCCAGUGAACCGCCGCAAGUACACGGCCGACGAAGACGAGUAUCCCAAUGGUGUAGCCCCAGCCUCUGAACUCGGCGGCAUGAACGUCCAUUGUUUCGGCCGCACAACGGGGUUGCAAGGGGGCAUGGUAUCCAGCACAAUGUCCGCCGUUCGCAUCUACCACCGUAAAUCCUUCUCCCGCUCCUGGCACGUCGCCGGCCAAUUCGGUGUUGGCGGUGACUCUGGCGCGUGGGUUGUGCAGAAUGGUCAACAUAGGGUUGUGGGUCAUGUUCUUGCGUUUUGUCAGAGGAAUCGCAUUGCGUAUAUUUGUCCCAUGGAGGUGCUGCUCGAGGAUAUUAAACGCACGUUGGGUGCUAGACGCAUCUUUUUGCCAGGUAGCAGGGAACAUGUGGAAGGGGGUGUGAGGGGUAGGAGUUGUACGGCGGUGGAGGUAGAGCGCGGGGUUAGGGGGUUGGGCCUGGGGCUCGGGAAUGUGGAUUCUGCGGUUGAUGUUAGGGAGAGUUUGGGGAGGAGGGAUGGGAUGGGUGUACCGGUGCCGUCGCCGGCGUCCUCGGAGCAGGUUGCCAUGGUUGUUGGUGCGCCGCCGACUACAAGGGCGCCUGUUGCUGCUGCCGGGUGGAGACUUGGGCGUUCGGCGGUGAGGGGUUAG